AUGGUUGCAGAUGCAACGGCCAGAGCGUCGCUCACACAGAGGUCAGCCGGACCCGGACAGACAGACCGUGCUUGGCAGCAAUCGCUGCUUUGUCAUGGCUUUGAGCGACUUACAGCAUACGACUGCAACGUUGCAAUAAGCUCGUGCGUGCACGCAGCUAGCUGGUCAAGUGCACUGGUGCUUUUCCAUCGGUUUCAGAAGCAUCGACUACAGCCAGACACCAUUACUUUCAAUUCCGUCCUGGGGGCCAAGCGUGAGUGGCACCGAGCACUGAGCUUUCUCGCGACCUUCUCAAUCCUGAGCCUUGAGAGGAGCAUUCUGAGCUAUGGAGCGGCCUUGCGAUGCGUCGGCCGAAGUGCAGCAGAGUGGCGACGAGCCUUCCUGCUCUUGUGCCAAUUGGACAAAGCGUCUCUACGGAAGAAUAUGAUCUGUUUGAAUCAGCUGGUCUCUGCUUCUGGCAGCUCUCGGUGGGAUUGGGCCCUUGUCGUGUUUGGACAGGCCUUCCUUCAAGGUCUGCGUCUGAACCAAGUCAGCUGUACCGCCGUGGCAACUUGCGUACCGCCGAAAGAGUGGCGCAGGCCUUUGCUGUGUUUGGAGCAGGCGAUGACGAAGCACCUUCGAGUUUCGGGGAUUUCGGUGAAUGCUGCUGUGAACUCCGUCGACACCCGGAGUUGGCAAGGAGGUCUUCUGUUUCUGUCGCAGCAGUGGCAUGGAGUUUUCACUGAUGUUCCGGCUCUCACCACGGCCUUAUCGAUUCGCGCGAAGGCAUCUGCAUGGCAAGCGGCAGUGCAGCACUUCUGGGCAAUGCAAGAGAUCAUGCAAUGUGCUACCGCCAGCUGGAACGCGGCCAUGUCUUCGUACGAGCAGGGCUCAAGUUGGCAGCAGGCACUCGUCCUUUUCACAGAGCUCUGUGCCAAGCAACGUGAGGAUGCGGUCAGCUUCGCAGUGGCCAUGUCCGCAUGCGCUGCGGGGGUGCAGUGGAAAGCGGCACUUUCUCUGCUUGCAUUGUUCAAGACGAAAGCUGGCGUCAGGGGCCUUGAUCUGUCCAACCUCCCCAUUCUCUAUGCGACUGCCAUAAGCGCCUGCGGACAAUGUAAGCACUGGGAAAUGGCCCUAAGCUUGCUGGACGUCUUGGAGGGACUGCGCUUGGAUGUGCACGUGCCAGCCAGCAAUGCAGCCAUCAAUGCUUGUGAGAAGGCUGCAAUCUGGCAGCCAGCCUUCUGCAUGCUUUCCGAAUUGCAGCAUGCCCGGUUUUCAGACCUCAUCAGCUAUAACACUGCCAUUCGUGCCUGCUCGAAAGCUGGGCGCUGGCAGUUGGCCAUGGCGCUUUUUUCCGAACUCGCGAGAGUCCACCUCCGCCCCGAAGCGACUACGCUAAACACGGUACUCAGUGCCUGCGCAGAGGCUGCGCUCUGGAAGCUUGCAGUUCACUUUUUCCAACUUUUUGAAGCCAACUCUAUGCAACACGAUGCCAUCGCACACACUGCUGUGAUUCAGGCGCAAGGCAGGAUCAGUCGCUGGCAAGGUGCCGUCGAUAUGUUGACAGGCAUGGCCACUGAAAACAUAGAAUUGGACAUCGUGAGCUGCAGCAACGGUAUUUCUGCAUCGGAGCGUGGUGGGCAGUGGCUUCAAGCAGUGCUGCUGCGAGAUUUUUUGGGCAGGAGAUGUUUGCGACUGGAUGUGACAUCUAUCAACUCUGCCAUCAGUGCCAGUGGCAGCGUAACCAAGUGGCGUGAGGCCUUGGAUCUCGCUAGACAGUUGGCGAUUUGCCACAUGCGGCCGGACAGCGUCAGUUGCAAUGCCUCCCUUGGAGCUUGCUGCCAGGCAGGAGACUGGAUGCUGACGCUCUCGUUGUUGAGGCAAACGACGACUCUGUACGGUGUCCGGGCCUCCUCCCUGGGCCUCUUGGCCGCCAUGGCGGCCUGUGCCGCUACUGCCUUGUGGGAGGAGGUUUUGUCGCUGCUCUCUCAGGCACAGAAAAGGUCGAAGCCCUCUCUCCUCUCAAAUUCGGGCGGGAGCUCCCUAAACCCAAAACCCUAUAAACCCGAUAAGCCUUAUAUUCAGGCAUGCGCUUUCAGAGCCGCGCCUGUCAGCCUCGCGCUGUACAAUUCAGCUCUGGUGGCUUGCGGGAACGCUGGAGCCUGGCAGCAUGCCCUGGCCAUUUUGCGGCAACUCCCCGCUGCGGGUCUCCAAGCAGAUGCCAUCGGCUACGGCGCGACGCUGCUGGCUGCAGCUGGGCUAGCAUUGUAG